AGAGAGAACGGGAUUUUUGGAUCCGCAUCAUUUCAAGGCAGUUUUCACAUUAUGACUACGCAGACGAUAAAGAAAAAAAAACGGACGCUUCUCAUUAGAGUUUGACCGCGUGUAAUGGGUAAAAUGAAGGCAUCUUUUAAAAUCAAUGGACACUUUGCGAAAAGAUGACAAAGGUGCAUACUUACUCAGAACUGUAUGAAGUACACAUCAGUAGUUAGCGGGGCUGUACUGCACUCUACUACGCUGAAGCUGUUGGAUGUACUUUUUCUAAGGAUCGUUUUUUUUCUAAAUCUGUUUUUACUCGUAAGUCAUGGCACUAUAUUUAGUUUACUUAUUGACUGUAUUGGUGCUGAUUUUGCCUGGAGAUAACCGGGGAGCAGGAACAUACGCGUCACGAUACACUCAACAUGUGGAUGAGAGUCAUUCUGUAUCAGCUUCACAGACUGGAUCUAAGGUGACCAGCAGACACAGGAACUGGUGUGCUUACGUAGUAACAAAGACUGUAAGCUGUGUAAUGGAAGAUGGAGUGGAGACGUAUGUGAAACCUGAAUACCAGCGCUGUGCUUGGGGCCAAUGUUCCCAUGUGGUUUUGUAUCGGACUUACAGAAAACCACGAUACAAGGUUGCCUAUAAAAUGGUCACAGAGAUGGAAUGGAAGUGCUGUCACGGCUACUCAGGAGAUGAUUGCAGUGAUGGCAGGGGCAGAACUACUGGUGAAGAAGGGAGAAGUGACAGUGACAAGAUUAGACAACUUGAGGAACAACUUCACAACCUCCAGUCAACCUUAUACAGCAUGAAUAAGAAAUUACACGAGGAAUCUCAAAGGGAAGGCAUCAAUGGCGGCAACAAUCUGGCCGACGCUGCCCAGCCAGGCAUGAGGGAGACCAUUCACAGCAUCCAGAACAAGCUGGACAUGCUGGACAACAUGACACAGGUCCAUGAUAGAACCCUCACCAGCAUCAACAACCACCUUGAGGGCAGCAAUGGAAUUGGCAAUGAGUUAGACAGUCGCUAUGGCAAUCUUAAAGAAGAGAUUCUGAGGGAACUGGAAAGGCGGGUGACACUGUCCUGCUCUUCAUGCCAAACUGGAGUGGAAAGCAUUCAAAGGCAACAGCAGGAAGACCGAGAGAGAAUCAGAGCGCUGGAGAAGCACAUUAGUGUGAUGGAGCAACACCACCAACAAACUUUAGAUUUGCUCAAGAAGGAGCUAUCACACUAUCAGAGUUGCUGUGAUUCCCUGAGCGACCUGGACAGGAGGCUUGGUGCCACUGAAAGAAAGGUCAGUUCAACUGCAGAGACAUAUGAUAUCCUUAGAGGACGUCUCGAGAAAGAGCUGAGAGGAUCAGGCAAUGGCAAUGGCAGUCGGGGAAAAGCGUUUGAUGAUAAACUGAACAGCCGUCUUAGAGAACUGGAGAAGAGACUGAAUGGGACUGUGAGAAAAACCGAGCAAAAAUGUUCCCAUACUGAGGCAAGUAUUAAAGAGUUUGUCCAGCGAGAGAUCGGCCAGAUUAAGAACUCUGUCCUCAGUCGAAACAACGAUCAUGGUUAUAGAUUAUCUGCCAUGGAGAUGGAUGUCCAAGACUUGAAGCGUUUCAUUAACGAUCACAAAAAUGAUCUGGAAAGUUUGGGGAACAAAACAACUGAUCUCGACAGUGGGCUCAAGUCAGCGAUUAAUAUGUGCCAAGAGACGUGUGGUCCAAAAAGCAGUGAGACAGCAGAUACUGUGAAAACUCUGGAAUGGAAGGUCGUUGCCAACGAGGAGAACAUUAAGAGGUUUGACACCAAACUAAAGGAUUUGAGUGUGUCUGGUGACUCCUUAUUGGAUCGUAUUAUAGAUCUCAGCAAUGACGUUCAAAAAAUUAAGGAUCUGACAGGACAUAAUGGAGAGCACUUUAACCAAAUCAUCACCGAUGUUAAAAAUAUGCUACAAGAUUGUGACAGAUGCAAUUCGAUAGAUGAAGAACUCCGAAAAAUAAGAAACGUAACCAACCAGGCUUUAAACACGUUCCAGGGAGAACUUACAGAUUUACGCAGAAAGGUAGAUUCAGAUGAGUAUGCUUGCUCGCAGGUAUGCUCAAACCUCCAGGAGGAAGUAGGCAAGCUGAAAGAAGAGGUUGAGAAAUGCACAAGCCAAUGCAAUAUCAGCAUGGCUGACCAUCAGAGAAACGUAGAUAAUCAAAAUACCAUCACUCGCAAGCUUGGCAAAGACCUCAAGUCCAUUCAGGGUGAGCUCACAGGGGUAAUCCAAACGUUCAACUCCAUCAAUGACACUCUGAAAGGCCUCAGGAAUACCGUACAGGGACAUGGCAACUCUAUUUCUGAUCUGGACUCAUCUAAUGAAAGAAUUUACUCAGAGUUAGAUAAGAUACAGGAUGAUUUGAACGAGCACAAAGAAGACAGUAAAGUGCGUUUCGAUGGCAUCAGUAGCUUUAACAGCAACUUGAUGAUUGAAAUGGGAGAAUGCAAACUUUCUCGAGAAGGGCUUGAUAAAAGGCUCUCGAAAAUGGAGGAUGUCUGCGGUAGACUGGAUUCCUUGUCAUUAAACCUUCAGAUAAUCAAAGAUGGCCUAAGCAAACAUGUCUCUGGGCUUUGGACAUGUGUUAAUGACCUAAACUCCACAGUUAUCUCUCACGGUGAGGCCAUCGACAGCAUUCAGAAUGUUCACUUAGAGAACAUUCACGGCAAAAUGAACAACCUCAACUCUUCCAUACUACAUGUUCUCAAGGAGUUCCAGAGCUUCACUGAACAGGAAUUUAUUGGACCGCCUGGACCACCUGGUCCUCAAGGAGAGAAAGGAUCCAAAGGACCACCUGGGCCACAAGGACCUCCAGGCAGAGAAGGACCACAAGGGAGAGUGGGGCAAACAGGUCCCCCAGGCCUCAGAGGUGAACAAGGACCUCCUGGAGAGGAUGCAAACGUCCCAAGACUGUCAUUCUCAGCAGCACUCACACGACCGCAACCCAAUACAGGCACUAUUGUCUUCAAUGAGGUCUUUAUCAAUGAAAGAAAGUCCUACGAUCCAAAGACAGGUAUGUUCACUGCCCCUGUAAAUGGGCGAUACUUCUUCAGUGCAGUCCUGACAGGACACAAGAAUGUCAAGAUUGAGGCAGUCUUGUCUAAAUCCAAUUAUGGAAUUGCCCGAGGAGAUUCAGCAGGCUAUCAGCCCGAGGGUCUUGAGAAACCCAUGGCAGAGGCACAGCACACUCCUGGCUCUCUGGUUAUCUUCAACAUCAUACUUCCUCUGCAGGAGGGAGAUACUGUCUGCAUUGACCUGGUCACAGGUAAACUUGCCCAUUCUAUGGAGCCCCUUACAAUCUUCAGUGGAAUGUUGCUCUAUGAGGAAACAGACGUGAGAUUGUAAGACCCAUCUGAGACUCUUUUUGAGGGCAAUGUCAGAUGUAAAAAUUUGUAUCUUUUUUUGAAGAACAGUUCAAAAACAUACAUAUUCAGUGUUGAAUAACGUUUAAGAUAGAAAUGAUAUGCAGGUUUCUUUUAUAACAGGCCAUAAGGAAACAAGAUGGAUAUAUUUUUCUCUAUUAUCAGAAAAAUGCACAGAAUUUUUUAUAUGGUUACGUUUUUUUACAUUUAUGUUAGCAAUCAUUUAUUUUUAUAUAAUGUUUGUGAGCAGCAAUGUUUGUUUAUAUUAAAAUGCAAUUUUUGGCUGGCUAAGAUCUUUCUAAAAAACUAGCACAUCCAUUUCACUUGUUGCCCCAGAAGAGAUCAGAAUGACUGGACACAUAAUUAUCUAAAAACCUGACACAAUCUUCAUUUGAUCUGACCCUACAAACCUUUAUGAUAGUAGUUAUCUGAAUGUAUAAAGAUACUGUGUGGUUGUUAGCAGUGCAUCGCUAGACCCUUGAAAUACCCAUAUGCCCCAGUAAACAUUACUGAUAAAUAAUUUUAUUAGAAUGGAGAUUGCCAUUUACUGACAUGAGAAUAAUUUUGCCUGAUAAUAUUUCAGCAUCAUGUUGUGUAAGAUAACAAAUCUUGCCAGCAACUAAGAAAAGACUGAGGAGAAAUCCAAGCUAAACCUAGAAAAUUAGACCAUAUACACAAGGCGAAUAUGUUGUAUGUGAAUGUGACAAGCAUAAUGUAAUUUCUUUUUCUGAAGCAUUGCAUAUACCAUUAUCCCAUUCUAACUUUCAAGCUUCACUAAAAUACACCUCAAGAAGAAGGAAUCCUGAGGCCAUGAGAAAAUAUGGAUUCAUGUGUACUGUUGGUGUGGUUUCAUUUAAAAAAAGGUUUUCCCCUCAAGAGCUCCAUUCAGGGGUUUUUUAAGGAUGGAUACAAAAAAUAUUACACAUUAUUUUUUUUUUAAUUUCCUCCCUGUGUUAUUCUUGCAACACAUUUCUUCUCUUAAUCUCCAAAUUUGGAAAAGUAACUAUAAAAGGAUGAAUUUAAAUAAAGCAGGCUGUGCAGAGAGAGACAUUUUUAUACAUGCCAGAGGCUAUAGUUCAGCAAUCUUCUGUAACCCAUUCUCUGGUGACUCUUCCAAAGAAAAUUAUGAAAGCUGUUUGUGCUAGAUGCAGAAAAGAUUACAUCCUGGUUAUCUUUUUUGUUUUUUGUCAAUGGAUUUUUUAUUUUGUCUCUUUGUACCGCAGAUGUUCUCUAAAGAUACUUACAGCUCAGAAUCUGUAUCUUUGCCAAACAUGUAUUUGUGUGACCUUAGCUGUCUUGGUGGUCUGUGCCUAAUGUUUUCUUUAAUACAAAUGGAUUUAAAAGGACUUUGCACUGAGUCUAGUAUUGUGAGAUCAAACUUUGACCAUUCAGUUAACUGUAUCGCUCAAAAGAGAGGAAUUUCCUUAAAAGGUCUUUAUUACUUCUGAAUGUUUCAUUUUGCAGUAAGACAGCCGAUUUGCUCAAUUUGCAAUUGGGACUAGUUUAUAUAAACUGCACAGGCAUAACCUGAGCCAUUUCAUUUUUUUUCUCACUACAGGCAUUACAAAACAGUAUUAUAAUUAAGCAAACAAAGUGAAUCUGACUGCUAUGCAAUCCACAGUCCUCAGAUUAUUUUCAGCACAAACAUUUUUACACAGACACAACUUCUUCAAAGCUGAAUGUUAUAUAUUGGAUAUACAGUAUAUUUGCAAUGCUAUUUUAAUUAAAAUAUUUUUCACACA